GAGGAGAGAAGAGAUGGAUGGUAGGACUCCUCUUCAACACUGUCUGUAUAUGGCCACGGAGCAUAAUUAUGUAGUUUGGAGGGACUUGGAUAGUGAGGAUCAGUUGACUAGAUUAUUGAUUGCGAAUCCAACUUCUAUCCAGAUGCUACGUUCGUGGCCCCAUGUUGUGUUGAUAGACACAACGUACAAAACGAAUAAGCAAAAGUGGCCCCUUUGCGAAAUCAUUGGAAUGACGCCAACGAAUCAUAAUUUCUUGGUUGCAUUAUGUUUGAUGCGAGAUGAGGCGGCUGUGUCUUAUUCUUGGGUGUUGGAGAGGUUGAGGGAUAUUUACGGGACAGUGCAGACGCCGGAUGUAAUCGUAACGGAUCGGGAUGAGGGUUUGUCUGCAGCUAUUCAUGCUGUCUUUCCAGAUGUACGACAUCUAUUAUGCGUAUGGCAUAUUGGCAAUGACGUGGAGAACAUGGUCGAUAAAUUGUGUGGCGGCAAGAAAAAUCAACAGGGCCAGUUAUUCAGGCAAACAAAAUGGAACCCCUUGGUUAACAGUAUGACGAUCGCCGAUUUUGAAAACAGAUGGGAAGGGAUUGUGUCCACUUGGUCGACUAGGAACCGGAGAGUCGUGCAAUAUUUGGCAGAAACAUGGAUUCCUCACAAAGAGAAAUUUGUGCGUGCGUGGACGAAUGAUUGUUUGCACUUGGGUAACCAGACUACCAGUCGAGUUGAAAGUCAACACUCUUCCUUCAAGUACUACUUGGGUAGCGGUAAUAGCUCAUUCGAUACGCUGUUUAAAAGGGCGCACGCACAAAUUAUGAAUCAACAAUCAAAAAUAAGACAAGCUCUUGAGGAAUCUAAGAAUUCCAUUUCAAGAACGUCGCGACUAAAUUUUCUACGACCGUUGUAUCGUCAUGUUUCUAUAUUUGCCUUGGAACUAUUGAUGAUGGAGCACAACCGGAUGCUAACCCUGGGCAGUUGUCUUUUAGAAAAAUGCGGUUGUGUCAUUCAAAAAACCCACGGAUUACCAUGCGCGUGUUACUGUUACUUGUCUAUCAGGUCUAAUGGUGCUUUGUACUUGGACGAUAUACAUCCGUUUUGGAAAACGUUAAAGUAUUUAGAUGCAGAAGAAGACGCGAACGAAGAAGUACGGCACGCAAACGCCGAUGAUAAAGAGUACUUUCAAUCGUUGGUGGAUGAAGUUUUAAAAUCCGACCCCUCAGUACUACGACGCGUCUCUCAGGUACUUGAACAUGAGCUGCACCCCGAUGGUGACGACAUACCUGAGCCCGAAGCAAGUCCACCGAGGAAAGGAAGACCAAUGACAAGCAGAACCUUGAGGAGAAACAAAAGUGCGUUUGAGUACAGUAGAUCAUCCUCAAGGGGUCGCGGAUCAAGAUCAUCAUCACGCGGGAGAUCCAGUGGUAGAUCAAGCAGCCGGUCGCAUCAAUCGUCAGUUGGAAUUAACUUCAGUUUCAACUUAUCAGAUGGUGCAGCAGGUCGUGAUUUUUCACUUUUUCCGUGGCCAGAUCACAUUCCAUUUAUUCUUCCGCCAUAUCUGUUUGAUUGGAUUGAUGUUAUAGGUGACGGUAAUUGUGGAUUUAGAGCUAUUGCCGCCACAGAGUUAGGGGGUGAGGAAGCAUGGCCUCUGUUACGACGUGCAAUGAGUUUGGAAAUGGAAACGCAUAGAGAACAAUAUGCACGCUUAUAUUUAUCAGCAGAUUCGGUGGAGGAAGCUAUAUUCAGAGUUGGUGCCCACAAUAAAGGACCUGCUCCGUACGAUCACUGGUUGGAAGCGACAACACUGUAUUCUGCAGCAACAUUUUCAAACAUAGCAAUUGCGUAUUAUGGCUCUGCGGAUGGUCAUCCAAUGUACAAUUGUUUAGUGCUUCCUUUAAGAAGAACAGGGGGAAUGCAUGGCGUAAAUAAACUUAUACAUAUUCUUUGGGUAAACGGGAAUCAUUAUGUUCAGCUUUUAAUGAACGAUGAUUCAUCUCCACUGCCGCCAGUCCAACAAAAUUGGAGAGCAGCUAACAAUUCAUGUGCAGAUUUAGAAAGACAAUAUCGUAAUAGGAUAUCACUUUGGAGUAGAAUGUGCAACAUACAACGACAACAGCAUAAUAACACCGCCGGAGACGCGGUGAAUUUAGAUUCUCCAUAG